AUGAAGAAGAGAAUUCGUGAUGCCGAUGCACCUCAAUCUAUAUUUGAUGAGGAAGCUGUCCUCAAUGCCUUCACAGAUCAUAAAAUUCCUCAUUCAAACGCCCGACGACUAUGGAGAUUGAUUAUACAACAAGGAUGCGCAAACUACCACGAACUGCCCGACUCGGAUCUAUCAAAAGCCGCCAAGAAGGUCCUAGACAGUCGAUUUUCUAUAUGUACUUCACAGAUAGUGAAGAGAACUGAUUCCUCAGACGGGACAACUAGCAAGCUCCUAAUUCGACUUCAAGAUGGAUUGCAUGUUGAAUCGGUCAUUAUGAGGUUAUAUUUACCUUUUAGUCUUGUAGUGGACAACAUCCCUAACAAACUGAAACAAACGUUUAGAUAUGGAGCUUCAGAAAUGGAGAACUUCCCCGAGGAUGAAAGGGAUAAAAGUCGUCAAGCUGCCAUAAAAGAGUCGGGACGAGAGUUUAGAAGCAAUGCGCGAGCCACUCUAUGUGUUUCCUCACAAGUUGGUUGUGCGAUGGGAUGUACAUUUUGCGCUACGGGAACGAUGGGACUAGUGUCCAAUUUGACUGCUGGAGAGAUUCUCGAGCAACUGUACCUGGCAAACAAGAUUGAAAAGAUCAGGAAUGUAGUAUUUAUGGGGAUGGGCGAGCCAUUAGAUAACUACGAUGCAGUGAUUGCGUCUAUAAAAGCAAUGGUCGAUCAAGGACAAUUCUGUUUAUCUCCUUCCAAGAUUUCAAUAUCAACAGUUGGCAUACUUCCGAAAAUGAAAUCUCUGAUAAACGAUGCUCCAAAAGUGGGACUCGCCUUGUCACUUCAUGCUCCAACACAGAAACUUCGGAUGCAAAUCGUCCCAACAGCAAAAGCCUAUAAUAUAGACAGAAUACUAGAUGCAGCAGAUGCAUUCGUCAAUCAUCAAAACUUGUCUCUGCCAGGUAACUCUCGGCGAAGAGUUGUCUUGGUCGAGUAUGUCUUGAUUGCCAAUGUGAAUGACUCGGAGCCAGUUGCCAACGAUUUGGGCAGAUUACUUGCUGGCCGGAAUGUAUUGCUGAAUGUCUUGCCAUAUAAUGAAACCAACGUACCUCAUAACUAUAAACGACCAUCACGAGAAGUCGCCAAUCAAUUCGUGGCCAUCACUCGGUCUCAUGGUGUAUGGACUAUUUUGAGACAGUCUCUAGGUAACGACGCAGCUGCCGCCUGUGGACAGCUUGUCGUUGAGCAAUGUGCUACUACGGACAUGGAGGAUUUCGGUUCUGCCACCAAGGACACAACGAAGAAACCAACUUUGCAGAAAAUGAGGCAGGACAAGGUCGUGAAGCACAAGGAGUUUAAUAGCAAAAUCAUAAAUACAGCAGCUUUCGUCGUCGUUUCUGCCGGAUUGCUGCUGUUGCUUCGUCGAUUGACAAAGGCCUGA